ACGUGAUAAGACUAAAAGUUUUGAUCUCUUGUGCUUGCACUAAGGCUCCGUGCUUGCAUCGGACUCCGGUGCGGCAUCGUAAUCGAUUGUUAUUUGGAAUGAUGCUCAAGUAGGCGUUUUAUGUUAGUGAAACCCGUGGUGUUGUUCCCGGCGACGGUAUAGGAUUGAGCGUCGUCGACGUGUGAGAGAGAAAGAGCUGAGCGGCUCACUGCAACAAUUGUGCAUUGGUAUUCACGUUUAUACCUGGCUUCAAAAUGACAACAAUCCGGCGAAUGACCUGUGAUGAUUUGUUCAAGUUUAACCUGGUGAAUCUGGAUCCCCUGACUGAGACUUAUGGGAUGUCAUUCUAUAUGCAGUACAUGGCCCAUUGGCCAGAGUAUAUGCAAGUGGCAGAAUCUGCCAGUGGCCAGAUCAUGGGAUACAUCAUGGGCAAAACGGAGGGGCACGGCGAGCAGUGGCACGGUCACGUGACUGCUGUGACGGUGGCGCCGACCUUCCGCCGGCUGGGGCUGGCCCGCAAGCUGAUGGACUACCUGGAGGACGUGUCCGAGCGGAAGAGGGCCUACUUUGUCGACUUGUUUGUUCGAGUCAGCAACAAGGUGGCCAUUGACAUGUACGGAAAGUUGGGGUACGUGGUGUACCGCAGAGUACUGGAGUAUUAUUCCGGUGACGAAGAUGCAUUCGAUAUGAGGAAAGCCUUGUCCCGGGACCCGGGCAAGAAGUCGAUGAUACCUCUCAAGCACCCGGUGCGUCCCGACGAGCUGGACUGACCGGGCUUGAGCGGGCGUGCCGUGUGUCUUCAUUAAUAACGCCGCGCCACGCGCUCCCGAGCAACAUGAAGCACCUCUUUGUGUUAAAGUGUCUCUCUGCCGAUGGACGAAGCCCUCGCCCCGGCUUUGCCUCGAUGACGCCUGCGGUUUGGCGGUCUUCGUCAGUCACGUGUUGGAAGACAGCGGCGGGAGUUAUGCCAGGUGUACCUUGUGUCUGAGAUGCGUGUUUCGCAGGCUGGAAGGACCGGUGUUACGUCAUAAUAGCGUGGAUCUGUGAAACAUGCGUGUGUUUUGAGUGCCAAAUUUAACACUAUUUUGAUAUUUCGACCGCCCCGUUAUCCAACGUUGAACAGCUUCUCAGACGUUUCUCUAAACACAUGUAGCGCCCUGGGUGAUGUACAUCUGCUCGCAUCUGCAAAGCUAACAGCCAUGUGCCGCCUGCCAGCCAAAUACAAGGUUGUUCUUGAGCCGUG